AUGACUGUCCGCCGGAAUUCGCAUUCAGAUUUUUCUUUCUUUCUUUCUUUUUCUCUCACUUUUCUGUUUUCUUUCUCUCUGUCUCUCUCUGUCUCUCUCUCUCUCUCUUUGUUGCUCUCUCACAUUUCUGUUUUUCUCGCUCUUCUUCUCGCCUUUCUGUUUUUCGCUCUGUCACAUUUUUCUUUUUCUUUCUCACUUACUCUCACCUUUCUGUUUUUCAUCAUUUUUUUUAUUUCUCUCUCUCUCUCUCUCUCUCUCUCACCUUUCUGUUUUCUUUCUUUCUUUCUUUCUCUCUCUCUCUCGCUGACUCACUUUUUUUGUUUUUCCAGAUUUCCUUCUCACUUUUCUUUCUUUCUUUCUUUCUUUCUUUUACUCUUUCUCUCACCUUUCUCUUUUCUUUCUCUCUCUCUCUCUCUCUCUCGCUGUCUCACUUUUUUGUUUUUCUCGAUCUCCUUCUCUAAAAAGAAUUUUCUUUUUCUUUCUCUCUUAAUGAUCUCUCUCUCUCUCUCUCUCUCACCUUUCCGCAUUCUUUCUCUCUUUCUCGGCCUCUCACGUUUCUGCUUUUCUUUCUCUCUCUCUCUCUCUCUCUCUCUCCCUCACUCACCUUUCUGUUUUAUAUUCUCUAUCACCUUUCUGUCUUCUCUCUCUCUCUCUCUCUCUCCCACACACACACACACACAGAUUUCUGUUUAUCUUUCUCUCGUUCAGAUUUUUUUCUCUCUCUCACACUCACGUUUCUAUUUCUUUCUCUCUCUAUCGCAAUCCUCUUUUUUUCUUUCUCUGUCUGUCAAUCUAUUAUUCGUCGUGGAAUUCCAAGAUGGUUUUUACUUACGUUCCUGCCUAUACUCUCAUUCCUUGCUUUACAUUUCUGGAGUAUUUCUCUUAUUCCCCUACUAUUAUUUCUAA